AUGUCGACUGCGACUCCCUUCAAGAUCGCCAUUCCAGACAGCGACAUUGCCGCUUUGAAGCAAAAGCUCGAUCUCGUCCGCUUCCCUGAUGAACUCGACGACGCGGGCCGGGAGUAUGGUGUGCCUCUCGCAGAUUUGAAGCGGCUUGUCGCGCGGUGGAAGGAUGAAUAUGACUGGAGGAAGCAUGAAGCCGAGCUCAACGAGUUGCCGAUGUUUACGAGGGGCAUCGAGGUUGAUGGCUUCGGAACGCUGGAUAUCCAUUAUGUACACCAGGAGAGUGACGUGGAGGGCGCAAUAUCGCUCUUGUUCGUUCAUGGAUGGCCUGGGAGCUUCAUUGAGGUGCAAAAGAUCCUUCCCCUGCUCACUGCAUCGUCGGCGGAGCAUCCUAGUUUUCACGUCGUUGGACUCGGACUCCCCGGGUACGGAUUCUCAGAGGCACCGAAGAAGAAGGGGUUCGCAGCGAAGCAGUUCGCCGAGGUGGGUCAUAAACUCAUGCUAGCGCUUGGAUAUGAUGAGUAUGUGACUCAAGGUGGAGACUGGGGAAGUUUGAUAACACGCGUGAUGUCCAACCUUUACGGACCCAAGCAUGUCAAAGCCUGGCACACAAACAUGCCCACCUCGUUCCCACCGCGUCUGUUCUCCCACCCUCUCCAAUACAUCAAGCACCUGGUGCUUCCGUACACUGCCGAGGAACGCAGGCGACUCACACGCGCGAGCUGGUUCGCUCAACAGGGGCGCGGGUAUUUUGAGGAGCAUGCGACGCAACCGCAGACGAUCGGGUACGCGCUCGCGGAUUCGCCUACCGCGCUCUUAGCGUGGAUAUACGAGAAACUCGUGAACUGGACAGACAAGUAUGAAUGGGAUGACGACGAAGUGCUCACCUGGAUAUCGAUCUAUUGGUUCUCGCGUGCGGGUCCGGCGGCAUCUGUCCGCAUCUAUUACGAGACCCGCAAAUCAGGAGAGCGCCUGAAUCCCCCACGCACAAAGGUCCCACUGGGCAUAUCAUACUUCCCACAGGAGCUUGCCUUGGGACCCAAUACAUGGAUCAAGACGAUCGGAAAUCUCGUGUAUGAGUCUGCCAUCCAUGAGAAAGGCGGCCAUUUUGCUGCGCACGAACGGCCAGAGGAUCUCGCUGGUGAUUUGAGAAAGAUGUUUGGGAGGGGAGGGCCUGCUUAUGGGCUAGUGAAGGGCAAGAAUGGGUUCUGAAAAACUUAGGGUCAUGCUUCAAUGCCGUUGAGCAGCUUCACAACGGCAAGUAUGUUCAAUUGGAUUGACAACGCCCCGUUUGUAAAAUACCAAUAGCGUGAUGAAGAGAUUUGGAG